AUGUCGCGUGGUCUCCUCGCACUCGAAGUUCUCCGAUCCCGAAUGUAUCCAGAGGCUUCCCAGCCCCGAUUCCACGAGAUCCGCGAAUGCAAGCAGCGUAUUCAGCGCAUGAUCGCCGAAGCUACCCCCCACCUCCGCUACAAAGCGCAAUGUCACUCGCUGGUCGAGCACAUCGAACGAACAGAACUGCGUCUGCAUUCAUCGUACCUCCUCUCCGUCCUAUGUCGUGUCUCCCUCGACCCACACUCCCACUUUGACGAGCACCGCCGCGCCAUAAUUCGCGAAGACUGCAUAGCAAGCCUAAUCGACACGGUCGAUGCAUUCGUAGAACUGCACGAAAUCAACUCCCACUGCUCCCGCUCAUGGAUAAGUCUGCAGCGCUCCAUCGCCUCCGCUUUCCUGCUCGUCGCCAACGACGACAGCACCCAGACCUGGAUCCUAAUCGACCGCCUGGAAACGGUCCUGGCUGACCACGUUUAUGCGGACGGUGAUGCGGACCUGAACAACCGCACCGACUCAGCGAAGCAUCUUUCCUCGUCCCUGCGCGCGUUGCGCGAGAUCCGCGAAUCUUUCCGCGCGCGCAAGGCUGUUCCCCUUCCCUCGGCUGAUGUUGGUCCGACGAUCCCGAUCCAGAACCCCUCGUCUUUGGUGUGGCGCUCGCCGCCUUCUUUCGAAGCCGAGUUGGAGAUCCCGACUACUAUGGUCACGGGCAGUGAUGGUGUCGGCGUGCCUGUGUCGGCGGCUGCGCUCCCGGAUGAAGAUUGGAGUAUGCGGAAUAUCUUGGGGAGGGUUCCGGAUGUUAUGCUGUUCCCGACUAUGAAUGGGCAAAGUCCGGCGGUAUGA